AUGAAUCCUUCUCAAGAAAACGGCACAUCGGUCAAGCAUGAAAAAUUUCUAUUUGAUUGCGACCAUUUAAUCACAUUUUGCACUAAUUUCGGUAAAUCUGAUAUGGAAGAUCAGACAGACUCUGUAUUAGAAACAAAAUUGGAGGACCUUGAAAACAGAUGGAAAAAGUUACAAACAUCAUACGAGUCUCUAAUGAUAUCCCCAAGAUCCGAAAAUAGUCAAGACUUCAAAGAAAACGCAAAAGUUAACUUUAACGCAUGUUCAGAAACGUAUUACGCAUGUAGAUCACACAUAGUGGAUUUACUCAGACUAUCAAGAGCAUGUGAAGUUCAAACUUCAAUGCCCCGCACAAGUCUGUUACCCCAAGCCCUUCCCCUAGCUACAAGAUCAUCCUUCAUAAAGCUCCCUCCUUGUGAUAUAGACACAUUUACUGGUAGCUAUGAAGAAUGGCCAGCAUUUCGCGAUCUUUUCACCACGGCAUGCAUUGAGAAUAUUGAAAUUCCAAAAGCCCAAAAGUUAUUUUACUUAAGAUUAAAAACAAAAGGUUGCGCGGGGGCCAUUGUUAAACGAUACACUCUUUGUGAUGAAAAUUUUGAUCAUGCAUGGAAUGCACUAAAGGCACGAUUUGACAAUAAGCGAGUAUUAAUCGAUAACAAACUAAAAGUACUUUUCAAUAUCCCUGUCGCAACCUCGGAAAAUAGUGAGUCUAUACAGAAAAUUCAUUCCACAGUCACCGAUUGUUUAACUUCACUCAAGGCACUUAACGUGAAAGUGGAAGGAUGGGACCCUAUACUUAUAUAUUUAGUUUCAACAAAGUUGCCAGAUGAUACAUUAGCUCUCUGGGAACAAUCGUUUAAAACUCAGCGGGAAAUGCCAACUUGGGCCCAAAUGGAUGAGUUCCUCGUUAAUCGAUAUGAAGUUGUCGAAAGAAUAUCAUCCAUAAAAACCACGAAACAGCGAUUCAGCCUUCCUACUAUCUCUAAUCCCAAGAUACAGUCAUACUCUUCACAAGAAAAACUUGAAUACACGUGUAAACUCUGCAAUGGAGAUCAUAACUUAAGAGUUUGUGGAAAAUUUAGGAAAUACACAGUACAGCAGAGAAUAGAUUAUGUUUUCCAAAAUAAAAUAUGUAACAAUUGUCUCUCGUCAGGCCACACUAAAUCGAAAUGUAUCAGCCAGAAUACUUGUUUUAUUUGCAAAUCUAACUAUCAUACUCUACUUCAUUUACAAAAACCUCAAAAUUCAUCUAAAACCCCGCGAAGUAACGAAAAUAUUAAAGAAUCAAAAAUUUUACUGCAGAAAAGAAACGACUCUUCUAAGAAUCAGGAUGCUGAGCAAAGCGACAACGUCCCCUCAUCCUCCCCAAAUUGCCAAGUACAGGCCAAUUUCUCUUCUAAUAACGUCAAUAUAUUACUUCGCACAGCUUUGGUGCAAAUAGAACACUUCGGAGAACUAUUUACAGUCAGAGCACUAAUUGACCCAGGAUCUCAAAGAACAUUCUUAACAGAAAGAAUUAGAUCUCUACUUAAAUUACCUUAUCAAAAGGCUGAACUUGAAGUUGUUGGAAUAGGCGGUCAAGUGCAAUCUGCAAAUAAAGAAUGUGAAAUUACUUUAUUUGCUAAGCGGUGUAAUCUUAAAUUUACGGUAAAUGCAAUCAUUCUUCCUAAAGUCACAGAGAGAAUCCCAUCAAUUUCUUUUGAGCUUCCUAAUUCUUCCCAAAUCUCCAGUUUAGACUUAGCUGAUCCGAAUUUCAAUCAUUCUUCUCAAAUAGAUUUAAUCAUUGGUAAUGACUCAGAGCAUUUCAUCAAUAUUGGCGGUAUUAAAAAAAAUAUUUGCGGUCAGGCGUCGGCAUACAACACAAUAUUUGGCUGGGUUCUAAGUGGACCAAUUGAAGCUAAAACUAUACAUACAUUUACAACAACCGUAGCCCCUUCUGAAAAUGCUGAGCUAAAUAACACGUUACGAAAAUUUUGGGAGCAAGAGGAAAUACCAUCAAGACCCAUAAUUUCUGAGGAUGAUCAAUAUUGUGAAACAUUCUAUAAGAAAACAACAACAAGAGAUGCCAGCGGAAGAUAUGUUGUAAGAUUACCAUUAAAAAAGGAAUUUCCCAAUUCAAAAUUUCUCGGCGCAUCGCGAAUUCUAGCCCUAGUCCAAUAUUCUCGUAUAAACCAAUCUCUUGCGAAAACUCCAGAGCUAGCAAAAGAAUAUAAUAAUGUUCUAGAAGAAUACUUAUCCCUCAAUCACAUGGAACCCGUUUCCUAUCGGGAAAUUGUAUCAGACGGCAAAUACUUCUCUUUUUAUCUUCCUCAUCAUGCCGUAGUUCGCCCCGAACACAAAACAACCAAGGUAAGAGUUGUGUUUAAUGCUUCCCGUAGAACUAAAUCUGGCUUUUCACUCAAUGACGUUUUAUAUACUGGUCCUACGUUACAAUCUGAAUUGAUAACAGUAAUUCUCAAUUGGCGAAUUUACAAAUAUGUUUUCAGCGGUGAUAUACAAAAAAUGUACCGGCAAAUUUGGGUUCAUCCAGAUGAUAGAUCUCUUCAAAGAAUAAUUUAUCAAAAAAAUCUCAAUUCCCCAAUUAGAGAUUAUCAACUUAAAACUGUUACUUUCGGCGUAAACUGUGCACCAUUUCUGGCCAUUCGUACACUGCACCAACUUGCAGAGGAUUCUCAAGAAAUGUUUCCCAAAGCUGCCGAAAUUUUACGGACAGAGACAUAUGUAGAUGACAUAUUAUCUGGUGGGCAUACCAUUAAAGAAGCAAUUGAAUCACAGUCUCAGAUCUUGGAAACUCUGAAGUCCGCUGGGUUUAUCUUAAAGAAAAUAACCGCUAACGACACCCAGUUACUCAUUAACAUCUCAAGCGAAGACUUGUAUGAUUCGAAUUUAUUACGAUUUCAUGAAACUAGCGCUACAAAAACUUUAGGUAUAAAAUGGAAUGCGCUCACUGAUGAAUUUAGUUACUCAUUUUCUCCAAUAGCACAAUCAGCAAGAAUCACUAAGAGGAAAAUGUUAUCUGGAAUAGCGUCAAUUUUUGAUCCCGCAGGUUGGAUAGCUCCCAUAGUCGUAAGAGCAAAAAUGCUAAUGCAACAAUUAUGGUUAGAAGGCAAACAGUGGGAUGAAGAAGUCAGCUCUGAAAUCUUAGAUAAGUGGAAUAAACUACUUAUAGAUCUCUCUCAAGUGAACAAGUUAAGGAUACCAAGAUGGCUGCAAUAUAAUCCCAAGGACACUACCCAAAUUCAUGGUUUCGCAGAUGCAUCCAAAGGAGCGUAUUGCGCAGCAGUUUAUCUACGUUGUCAAAGUUUAUCUCAGGUUGUCUUCUCAAAUUUAAUAAUUGCGAAAAGCAAGGUAGCGCCUCUUCAACCAGUUUGUUUACCCAGAUUGGAACUCAAUGGUGCACUGUUAUUGUCAAAAUUGGUUAAAUAUGUAACCGAAUCUAUAAAAAUUCCUCAAUGUGAAAUAUUCCUGUGGACAGACUCAUCAAUCGUGAUUGGAUGGCUUUCUAAACCACCAUGGACAUGGGAAACUUAUGUCGCAAAUAGAACAGCUCAAAUUCAUAAUUCUCUACCCAAUGCAACCUGGGGUCAUGUUCGUACUCACGACAAUCCAGCAGAUCUCGGAACUCGCGGAUGUAAACCUCAGGAACUCUCAAAUAAUAAUUUAUGGUGGCAAGGACCGUCAUGGCUAUCAAAACCACAAACAGAGUGGCCAAAAAAGGCUCAGUUUGAAACUAAAAAACUCGAAGAAAAAGUCCAAUGCCUACAAACAUCGGUGCAACACACUGAUAUAUUAAAUAUAUUUUCAUCAUAUCACAAGGCUUUAAGAGUUUUAUCUUACGUAUUUCGAUUUUAUCAUAACAGUCGUUCAAAAUUUAGAUCACAGUUUACUCAGUCCCAGCCCAAAAUUCCCAUUAUCAUAGAGAAAUUAAAGAUAUAUCAAAUUCUCUAUCAAUCUCAAACAAAAGCUCAUUAA